GGAUCAUCGCCAUCUCCCAGUCAGUGAACAUUCGAUAUUGCUGCCUGACGGACGUAGCAAGCCAGGGAAAAUUUCUCGACUCGGGUGCGACUGUUCCGCAGAAAGAAAAGCUAAGCAAAGCGCGUGAAUAAUAAGAACACCAUUUUUGGGUGGAAAAUGAUCGCGAGUUUCCCCGCGGCAGGAAGAAAACGAAGAAGCAGUGCGCUGUGAUUUGAACGCAAGCAGGCGAAAACUAUCAAUAUUCGACUGUUUCCCGGAGUGAAAGUGGAAAAAAAGUGUCGAGGGUGAUCGCAUAAUUCGAUUCGGAACGCGCAAUUUCCCAGACAGUUUUUCCCGGGGAGCAAGAAAGAAAAAAAGCAACAAGCAGACGGCACAAUUUCAGGCAGCAUUGCGAGGUAAAAUUGUGCUCCAGAUUUGCGAGUGGCACAGAUCUUCUAAAGAUCAGUGAAAAUAUGCGGUGAAUGAAAUUCGACCCGAUGUUCAGAAGCAGUAAAUAAGUGCAAGUUGGCAGUACCUGUUUUUGGCAAAAAUCAUCCCACUAAGUGAGAGGAUUCAUUUAUUCCAAGCGGGAAGAAAGAAUAGAUCGUCUUUGUUCGUUGGACCGUUUUGCAAACACCGCACCGCGACAAGCAGGUGAAAUCGAAACACGGUCAGAAGAUAAAUCUAGGACGAAUUAGUUUACCCCUCUGGUGGAAAAAGGAAGAGCUCAAGACAAGACAAAGGACGAUCAUCGUCAGCAAACAUCAGAUCAUCAGUGAAGAAGCUAGGACGGUAAAUCAUCAGCACCAAAAAUGAUUCAGGUCGAUGAAUCAGAUCCCGUUGGGGAUGCGCCCCCGUCAUUUCCUUAUCGUGAGGUGGAGAUACAGCGUGGCGUCGACCCCAAACAGUUUUUCGACCUGAGCACCGAAAUUGGCAGAGGAAAAUUCGGCGUGGUGCACAUCUGCAAGGAAAAAUCCACCGCCACCCGGUUCGCGGCCAAGUUCAUCCAGAUCCAGAAGAAGGGCGAUCGGCGAAAUGUGGACCGCGAGGUGCAGAUGAUGAACAUUCUGCACCACCCGAAGAUCGCCCAGCUGUACGCGGCCUACGAGUACGAUCGCACCAUUUGGAUGGUGAUGGAAUUAGUGGAAGGUGGCGAGUUGUUCGAUCGGGUGCUGGAGGAGAAAUUUAUUUUGACGGAAAAAGCUUGUUCCAUUUUUAUGCGGCAGAUCUGCGAUGCGAUGGCCUACAUUCAUGGAAACAAUAUUGUCCAUCUUGAUCUCAAGCCGGAGAACAUUCUGUGCAUCACGGAAAGCGGGAAUCGAAUUAAGAUCAUUGAUUUUGGGUUGGCACGCGAGUACGAUCCGGAUAACAAACUUCAGGUGCUGUUCGGUACGCCGGAAUUUGUCGCACCGGAAGUGGUUAAUUUCGAAGCGAUCUCUUUUGCGACAGACAUGUGGAGCGUGGGUGUUAUAGCAUAUGUACUCGUUUCCGGAUUGUCUCCCUUUGCUGGUGAAGAUGAUAUCCAAACAAUGGGCAACAUUACGAUAGGUCGGUAUGACUUUCUCGAUGAGGCAUUUGACACCGUUUCGGAGGACGCGAUCGACUUCAUCAACCGCUGCUUGGUCAAAGAUCAAAAGGAACGAUUAACAGCCGAAGAAGCACUCAAACACAAAUGGAUCAAACGGAAACCACAGUAUUAUCCUACGAAUCGACCAUCGAACAGCCCAAUUUUCACACCGAUCCUGCUGGAUACUCCCACGACCAAACCAAUUCUAUUAGAAACAAACACCAACAAGACUGAAAGCGAACUCAACAAGGAAAAUCUCAAAGAUCUGGUGAGCAAGUGGAACGAAACGCCCAACAAUCGCUACGCGUUUGAACAGGCCACGGAAAAUGUGAUCGCCCCGAGUGGAGACACCGUCAUAAUCCGGAGACCCUCGGUGCAGGAUGCCAAUGGGCGGAGGGGCAGUUUGGCUAGAGGCGACGAUGAACCGUUGCUACUGUCCCCAUCAUCCACGACAACGUCCUGUUGUUCGUCGAUCUCGUCCAAUCCCCACCAAUCAUCAUCGGAAGUGGCCGCUACUAGCACUAACCAAAACGAAAGUCAGUCGAACAACAACAGUGAGAAUUUCACGGCAACUGUCACUGCAUUGCGACCUGCACUAGCACCCCUAGAAUUAGUUUCCAAUAACAACAGUAACUGCAACAAGAAUGGCUUCUAUCAUGAUAGCAGUAACAAUAGCACUAGCACUUCCAUUGCCAUUGCCAGUCAUUUUAGUGAUACUAGUAGCGAACUCAUCAACAGAAGCUUUGAGCGAACGUCAUCAGUCAUUGCGCCGUCACCAUUUGAUCAUUCUCGUUCAUUCUUCUCAGAUCAUUCGCAACUUCAACUCCAAGUUCAGCCCGGACCGUCCGUUGUCGGUAAUCGGCCAGGCGAGCCGACCACCGAGUUGCUUAAAUCAUCCAAAACGAAGGUAUGUGAUGAAUUACGAAUGCUAUCCGACUUACUAAAACUGUCUACCACAAUCCAAAACAAGGAGGAUCCAACAAAGUACGACACGCAACAACCUUCACAAGUCCCUCAGCACAAUACCACCACCAACAACAACAACACCACCAGUACACUGAAAAACAACAGCAUCCCGAGUGGAUCCCCACAGCCCCAAACACCCCUGAGUCCAACUCUGAGCACUGCCGAUCUGGACUCGGACCUCGAGAGUCUCAAGUCGAAAGUCAAGUUCAAAACGUCCAAGGCACAGGACAAGCUAAACGAGCUAGCACAGCAGCCGGACUUCCUAUCAAACGAAACCUUCAAGGUUCCGACCUUCAAGUUCCUGCCCAAAUCGAUCAGCCUCUGUAACGACGAUUCCGUAUUUAAAGAAAACUACACCAAGUUUUGUGAUCGAAAUGCAAUUCAAACACCCUCCCACCUUCAAGAUCCAUCAUCGCCAUCAGCCGAGUCCUGCGGUGGGGUCAUCGCAGAGUCGUCGACAACAUCCGAAAAAACCCAGCAACAGAUGCAACAAGAAAUAACGACCAGCACCAGCUCGUCGAAGACUCAGCAAAUCUCGGAAGGUACCAAAGUGAUCGUCACCAAGACGACCAAGAGUAGCCAAAUCGGCCCAGAUGGCACGAAAACCGUUACAGUUCGGAAAACCAUAGUAAAACAGAAAAAGAUCACCGAAGAAGAAUCCUCCUCCGACGGCAAGACCAAGCCUCCGAAACCCAAAACGACUUCAGCCACCGUACAGCCACAACUUUCCCAAGAAACGGCCACCGUCAAGCGAACCAAGUUCCGCGUCAAUCAAAUGAGCAGUCGAGAUGUUCCGGUUGCGAUGAACAACGUGGCCAAGCGAUACCUCGAACAGAACAGACUAAUCUCCACCGAGUCCCGCUUCACGACCCUACCCAAGGAUGACCUCAUCGUCAAGAAGGUCCACAAAAACAGCGUUCACAGCAUGAUGAGCCAUCACACGGAAACCGAAUCGACCAACAACCUGAAAAACACCAUGAAGGUUCGAAGCCUUUCCGUCGACUGGGACUCGGUGGAAGCCGUCGAAAACCGCUCGAUGAAGUCCAUCAACUCCUACCUGAAGCGAUCGACCGGAACCACCAUCGGUGGUAGUUCUGCGGUCAAACAAAUCCAAGCCCAAAUCGAAGCUAGCAUUCAGAAAUGAAACAACUCCCCUCAAAAAAUGAAAUUUCGAAUCCGAAAUACGCUUAAAUUCCACCACCACAAAACACAAUCGUUAUCACCUUAAUCACUCCAGCUCAUCCCAAGUUCACUCAUGUUGUAUGGUAAUGUGCGUUUGUGUGACUCUAUUGUUACUCUUCUGUCUGUCUGUGUGUGUGUUUCUCUCAUGAAAGACACCAUCCCUAUCUCUGUUGAAAGAAAUACUUUCUCCUAUCAACCUAAACUUUUCUAUCUGAAACGCAUCCGCCAUUUCCUAUAUCUUAUUUAUUGAUCUACAAAAAAUCUAACCAGCCCAUUAUAAUUUAUUAAGGAUCGAAGGAUCCCCCGACGAGAAUAUUAUUGUAAAAAGUGUUAUAGCUUUGUGUUCGUUCAAUUCUUUCGUCGAAACCUACUAAUGUGUAAUAGGUUGAUGGUAGAAUAAGCUCAAUCAAACACCAUACCCUUCAAGUUAUUUCAAGGAUAAUGAGAAUGAGAAAAAUAACAGCAGUUGUAGCUGUCAAAUUGGGAAGUUACAUGUGUAAUGUAUGUAACUGAUUUGUAUAUAAUCAGAGUACGGCGUAAGAUGUUGUUAAAAAAAAUAAAUGAUGAU